AGCACAACGAAAGAGUGACGACUGCCUGUGCCGAGAGAGUUUUCCGUCUUGGGGCGGGGCGUUCGGCAUGGACAACAUGGGGCUUCACGUGGAGAGGUUCAAGCACAAGAUCGUCAGAGAUCUCGCCUGGGUCAUUCAUUCCCAGCCUCUCAUCUCAGAUGGACUCGAAGAUCUGCCGGCCCUCUCCCUUUCCGACCUUCUCGACGCUUCAUCCACCCUGCAAUGGCUCGAGAAGCUCGACAGUGACCCAUCCGAGUUGCUCGACUUCCUCGUGCGCAAGCACAUCAGGCGCCUGGGGUUUCUGUAUCAGUCGCUUCUGGAGUUUGUGUUUGUCCGCUGUCCCUCACUGGGCUGCGAGGCGGUGCUCUGUCAGCAGCAGAUUGAAGACUCUGAGGAGAGGGGCCGCGUGAUCGGGCAGAUCAAGCACGUCAUGUGCCUCAAUCGAGGGCAGGGCAAGCAGGCCUGGCAUGUGGAAAGUGCUAUCAAGUUUUAUGUCGACUCACGGCUCCUGGACGAGGCGGCAGAUGAGAGGACGGGACUGGCCUCGUUUUCUGCAGAGGAGAAUGAGAGGCGCUCUUUGCUGCAUUUCGUUGGUCCCUUCCUUCAUGAGAGCCUCGCGUGGCGCCUUGUGGAGAUGAACAGGAAGCUGGAGCUCUGCCGGGCGUCAUCGGCCAUUCAGGAGGACCUCAAGGUGAGCGUGUCAUGCAUGAUACAAAUCGGCAGAUGAAGCACACGUGUAUCCCUUUGUGAAUGGUUGUAUGUAUCGGCAGGGCCGUCUUGGUGCGUCGGAGGUGUCGUCCGUGACCUUCAUCAAAGGUUACCUCUUCUACCGCCUGUAUAAGCACACCGACUCUUGCGGCGGGCCCUCCCUCUGCAACCCUCAUCACAACAGGGGCUGGUGGUGCCUCGACACAGCCGAGCUCGCCCAUUGGGCAGAUGGGCCAUUCCAGUGGGCCAUCCUACCCAAGAUGCACUGGAUGUCGCCGGUGGUGGCCAUCUCAGCGCCCGAUCCCCACCGCGUUUAUGUCGAAGGCGUGGCUGCGCUGCGGAUCCCCGAGCUGACGUGUAUGGAUUUCGGUGCCCUGAUGGCCGAGCUUUCGCGUCUGCGGACGGAUGCGCCCUCCACGCCUCAUCUGGUGGCACAGCUGCGCGAGAGGGAGGGCGGAAUAUGGGUGGAGGAGUCGCGUGGGUUCCUGUUACCCAGCGAUUGGGACCCGUCGACGCUAUGCAACUCACUCCAGCCAAUGGGUAGGCAGGCUUCUGAAAUUAAGAGAGCCGAGAGAGAUGGACUGGACCCCCAUUGAUUGAUUUGUUUCCUGCUGUGCUGUGCCUCUGCCUGGCUGUCUGGGGUGUUGAGGUCUCCGUAACAAGCACGAGAAGCCCGACAACUGGUCCUACCGCUCGCUGCCUCAGCCUGAAGGACCUGAAGGACCUUCUCUCAUGCCUCAAGGCAGCAGCGCCAGCCAUCCAUCCCCCAUGUCGAUAGGGCGGCUCUUCAACUGCCCGUCUGAGAGCCAGAAGCGGACCCCUGUGUUGCGGGACGCGGCUGAGGAUGAGAGUGAGGGCGAGUACCCGCUGUCCGAGUCUCCGCGACCUGGUUCAAUGCCACUGCAUGACCUGCUGGUCACAGCUGCGGGUGAGGGAGAAGGACCACCCUCUUGGCACAGGCAGUCGUCACUUCCAGGGUGCACUCUGUCUUGCGUUGCGCUAUGUCUUUCGUUGUACUGAAGGUCUUGUUGCUGUGCUGCGGGAUCGGCUCAGUUCGUCAAACAAGCACUGGGCAGUGAUGAACGUCUUCAACGAACUCAAAAAUGCGACGGUAGGCCCGUUAUGGGUUCUGUCAUGUGGCAAGAGGAAGGAUUUCUGUCAUGGGUUCUGUUUCUGCCACCAGAUCCACCUCUUCCACCGUCUUGCGUCGGCACCGUCGUCUGUUGUUGGAGGGCUCGCCACCACACCGACACUGAUGGUCCUCGACGGCCUGGCAAUCAUUGGGGGCAUCUCAGACGACCCUCUCGUAGGCGGUGUCCCUCACCACCCAAUGGCCAGCGACGGUGAAGCCCUGGUGCGCCCGAUCGGCCAUCUCCUUCUCGAUGCCUUGGCGAGGGCACUGCGGCACUCACGCACACCUAGCCCGAAGGUCAGUGGAGCUGGCGCAGCUGCAGAGGACAACAACCGCCGGAGGGGCGACGGGAGGGAGCCAGCGAUGACGUCAGAAGAGAGGGAAAGGGCUGUGGCCGUUCUAGGCCAGCUGCUGAGUAUGAUUGUCCGCGGCGAGGGCCCUCCAGCCGGCAGGAUGUGCGUCAAGCUGGUCAUCAAGGCAUGCCGUCUCUUCGGCCUACAGCCAGCGUCUCACAACGUCCCUACGCCGUCCUCCCAUCACGCAGUCGGCACCCUCACCGACAUGGCUUCCUUCGUCGACCGAUAUCUGGAUCAGACGGAGGUCUUGAUUCAACCCCAGCUGAAGGCCAAGGAGAGGAGGGCUGGUGCGGUGCAGCGCACCAUCACCGAGAUGACCAGUGAGAGCGACGUGGUCGUGUUCGGCGAUGACCGCAGCGACGGCGAUGCGAGGGAGCGGAGGCACAGCAACACGUCGGCGAGUCAGCUGGGCGUGCAGGCCGCGAGUGGAGGCCGCGUCGCUAGUGGCCAUCUGCCCGUCCGGGACGCCCUCGAGGUGAGCAGGGACUGAAUGAAUCACCCGCUACCUAUCAGGUUAUUUUCUCCCUUUUCGGUCAGGUGCUCAGCUUCUUCAGCUGUCGCCUUGACGAUUCUCGUGCCGAGCGGGCGGUUCCACUGUUCGUGGCCCACGCCAUCAACCACUACGCCGAGUUGGUGGAUGCAACGUCGUCCUCUCUGCAGCACAGCAUCUCCCCACAUGGGCAUCGAGCCGACGAUGUGAGGCUCUACCUGACAGCUGCCCCUGCCGACGACCCGGCUCAUGACGUCAGCAAAGGCGCCCAGACGAUAUCGAUGCCCCUGGUGGAUCGCCUCGUCGCCGACUCCUGGCGCAAGAAUCACAUCAAGGUGGCGAGACGGAUUGCCGCGAGAUAUGGCGCGUCGCUCGACUCGAUGGGUCCUCCGCCCCCACACACGGGGCGGGUCAAGAGGAAGAACCAGACAUCGGUCCGCGGCCUGUGCGAGGGCCUGCCUGGGUGCGUCAUCGAUGCCGAGCGGCAGAUGGUGUGGCUCGACACGAGGGAGGGCUUGCGACAGCUAUGGGCGACGUUGCAAGAGAUGACGGCGUCAUUUGGCGAGAGCCCCGCGCCGGUGGGGCUAGACUGUGAGUGGCAUCCCCGCAAUCGGCUGGGGGAGAGGAGGAGCCCUGUCAGCCUUAUGCAGGUUGCCCUGCCCUGCAGCCGUGUGUUUCUGGUGGAUGUCUUGACUCUGCGGACCACCGAGAGGGCCAUGUUGGGGGAGGUGAUUGAGUGGCUGAUGCGGAAGUGUGUCGUCGUCGGUUUCUCUGUUAGUGGAGAUCUCGACAGGCUCGCACAGUCGCUCGAUGGCGUUUUUGUGAAGGAGGUCCCUCGCGUCGUCGAUCUGCAGCGCAUCUUCAGCUCCCCACACGCGCCUCUGCUGUCCCAGCCUUCAGCCCCUAUCUCUGACCCCUCCCCUCCCACAUGGUUCGCCCACCUUAGCAAGAGCCUCCAGCAGCCCUUUUUCGGUCUCGACACCAUGUGUGCCCUGUACCUCCACCAGCGGCUCGACAAGGCCUACCAGCGGAGCUCGUGGGAAGAUCGGCCACUCACCGACGCCCAGAAGGCCUACGCCGCUCUGGACGCCAUAGUGCUCCUGAAGAUUGCGGCGCGAGUCUUCCCUCUCCGAGACGGCUUCCUUCGCGAUGACUCUGUGGCCCUCGACGAGCAGCUGCAGCGGGUGGACAUCACCCGAUUCUGGUUUGCUUAUCGCGCGAGAGCGGCACAUGUGCAGCCGACGGGCAGUGGGUCGAGUGAGACGGGGAGGGGCUAUGUGUCGGAUGAGGCGUACGAUGACGACACAUGCGAGCAGAGCGAAUCGGACGCAAAGACAGCGGAGAGCAUUGCUCGGCUGCUGCCCUAUGACGUCAGCAGCUUCGCCUACUCGCCCGACCAUCUGCAUGGGCUGCGGACGCCCGCUGACGUGAGGAGGGCUCUGGACGAUCUCGGCCUGGCCGCCACCCCGCUGCUCAAGAUCGACCGGGUGUUUGACGGGCCGAGUGGCGAUGGUGUGGCAUCAGUGGUGCCGGCGGCCUCAUACACAAUGGUCAAGACAGUCGCCUUUGUGGCAGAGGCGGACGGCAGUGGGGAUGGCGACGAGGAGCGGCGUGUGGUCGGGGCGUGUGUGUGCGUGUUGCCGCUGCAUCGGAGGGCCGACAAGGCGGCACUUGGGUGUCUGGAGGUGUGGCGUGACCGCGUGGCGGAUGGGUCUGGUGAUCACGGGGCGCCGCUGUCAGUCCGCUUGGCUAGGUCAGGAGGCAGGCAGCGAUGGGCAAUGGCACUUUGAGUCACACAUCUCUAUGCUUUGUGUUCUCAGUGAGGGCGAGUUGUACACAGUCUGUGGGUAUCCCCGGGGCGCGCUCGGCCCGCUGGCUCUCUGCGAUCCGACCGGUCUGUCAAGCGGAGGAGAACCAGACCAAACCACAUAUUCAAUGUCUUUCCUUGUCGUUCAUUCGUGCAGCGUUUGUGGUGGUGGACGCUUCGCUGAUGAGUGACGAUGUGGACCUGCUGUUAGGGGGCGGGGCGAGGGAUGUAGUGUACCCAAUGAAGGCCGCCACACUCGUGCGGGUCACGGGUACGGCUGUCACGGCGGUCGCCGUCGAUGAGUGACUGGAUGAGUGAUGAGUAGUGAGUGAGUGGCUGAGUGUGGGUGUCACUGCGUGUGUGUGUUGAUAGAGUACUGGCUGAGGUCUGGCCUGUCUGGGUAGUCAGUCAUUGGUGUGAAGUGGUGUCCCGUUGACGGGAGGGGACAGAACUGACGCAGAUCUCACCCCUGCAAAUGUGGUGGGUGUCUGCGAUUUACUUACAAAUACUUAUAGAGAAAUAAAUGCAC